AUGCUGACGAGCUUGAGUAACUACGCCGUGGUGCCUGUUAGUCUUUCCUUUCUUGGAAGACUAGGAAAGACGAAGCUGGCUGCCGGCGGUCUUGCCAUUUCAAUUUUUCACGUGGCAGGCGUCUCAGUCAUAGUUGGGCUCCUCACAGCCAGUGAAACCCUCUUCUCACAGGUAUAUCACGCCAACAAGCUCUCAAUCGGUUCUGGCUCCCUAGAAGGGAAGGUGGAGCGCGUGGGCGUGGCGUCUAAAAUGGCUCUAUGA